AUGGAGGGAGUUGUAGUGAAAGAAGAGGAGACGGUGACUUGUACUGGAGGUGGAGCUUCUCCAUCUUCAUCAUCUUCAAGUUUCUCUCCACAUCCAAUGGAGGGGUUACAUGAAGUUGGUCCACCUCCAUUUUUGACGAAGACAUAUGAAAUGGUGGAAGACCCAUCGACGGAUACGGUGGUUUCGUGGAGUAGAGGUCGCAAUAGCUUCAUAGUUUGGGACUCUCAUAAAUUCUCUACUACUUUGCUUCCGAGAUAUUUCAAGCACAGUAACUUCUCCAGCUUCAUUCGACAGCUCAACACUUAUGGUUUCAGGAAGGUUGAUCCUGACCGGUGGGAAUUCGCAAAUGAAGGAUUUUUGGGAGGGCAGAAGCAUCUACUGAAGACUAUCAAACGGAGAAGGCAUCUCCCACAGACUACGCAACAACAAGGUGGGGAAGCUUGCGUUGAGAUAGGACAAUACGAAUUCGAAGGAGAGAUUGAAAGAUUGAAAAGAGACCGAAAUGUGUUAAUGGCUGAGAUUGUAAGGCUUAGGCAGCAACAACAGCAGUCGAGGGAACAUAUUACUGCAAUGGAGGAUAGGUUACUAGGCACAGAGCGGAAACAACAGCAGAUGAUGGCAUUCCUUGCUAAAGCUCUUAACAACCCAUCCUUUAUCCAGCAAUUUGCACAGAGGAGUGUGCAGAGGAGAGAAGUAAGAGGUGUUGAAAUUGGGCGUAAGAGGAGACUCACAGCAAGCUCAAGUGUUGAAAAUUUGCAGGAAGAAGUUGCAUCUGUGGCAGCAGGUGGCGGCCAAUAUAUGGAUUACUUGAAUCAGGAUUUGGCAACUAUGGAGAACGAGAUGGAGACACUUUUGUCAGCUGCCUUGGACAAUGAAUCAAGCAGUGAUAUCAAGGACCCAAUAGCAAGUUCUAUGCUCACAAAAAGUGGUGGUAGCAAUUUGGAUGCUGUUAACGAGACAAUUUGGGAGGAGUUACUUACUGAUGAUUUACUUUCUGGGAAUCCUUAUGAAGAAGUUGUUGUGAGUGAUGAGCCAGAAGCUGAUGUGGAAGUUGAGGAUUUGGUUGCGAAACCUGUGGAUUGUACUGACGAUUUUCAGGACCUUGUGGAUCAAAUGGGUUAUCUCAGAUUUCUGUGUUGCUUGUUUGUGACUGAGGACCACAUUGUUUAUCGUACAGGAAUGGUGGAAGUUGCAAGGGGACCAACAAAUGUUAUUGUUCUUCUGCCGGCUCGCCAAAGAAGAUUUUUUCGGAGGGCUGUUCGACCUUGA